UUUCAAGCCUUUAUUUCUAUUUAAUAUGAUUUUCUGCCUACAGUUACUAAAAACAUUCAGAUUUAAGCUCAGAAUAUUACAUCAGAGCAAUAAAAAACAUUUUCAUACAGAAAUGUGGGAUGAAUUAAAAGUAUGUUUAAUACCUGCAGAAAGGAUCUUUUUAAAGUUUCUUUUAAUCUGACAAACAAGCCUUGUUGGAACACAUUUGUUAAUUAUAAGAGUUUCUUGGAGAGGAGCAGCUGGUGAGCAACAUCAUCUCAGCUCAGAUGGGACCAAGAAAAGUUGCUUCUUUCCUCUUUAGAGAAACGUGUCCAGGAGUCGUCAGCUUCUCCUGUUUGCUGCUCCUGGACCUCCAGUUAUGGGUUCUGUGGUGAGAACAGCAGGAAGUUUGGUUCUCCAGAUAACUGAGACCAACAACACGCUGAUGAAGCUUCUCAGGACAGAAAGUAAAUCUAUAUAAACUCAGCUGAAGACGGGGAGACUUAUCUGACUUCCUGCUGUAGCAGCAGCUGUCGCUCAAACUGCUGCUCAGAAAUAAGACAGAGACUCUGCUGAGGUUCUCCUCCUUCAGUUCCUCCAGUUCUCCUCAGACUCACAGAGACCUGCUCUCCCUGAGGAUCUCAUCCAACAUGCAGCUCUUCCUCCUGCUCUUCCUCCUGAUCCGUGAAGCCGUGGCCUCCUCGGUGCCUGGCUGCCGUGGCGACAGGGAUAAGGACCACCGGUCCAGGGAGAACUGCACUGGAGCCGGGUUCACAGACAUCCCAGCAGGACUGGAACACAAGACGCAGGUUCUGUUGUUUCCAUACAACCUGUUCUCCACUCUGUCCUGGACCUCCUUCCAGAUCUUUACAGAAAUCUAUGAGAUUGACCUUACGGCCAACAAGGUUCCAGAGGUGAGCCCCGGUUCUGGUCCUAUCCUGCCCGGUCUCAGUGUCCUCCGGCUGGGAUCGAACCGCCUGACGUUCCUCCAUGACGGCUCCUUCACAGCAUGUCCUGCUCUGACUGAACUUUACCUGGAGAACAACUCCAUCACAUCUCUGACUGACCAGACCUUCUCUGGGCUCAGCAAGCUGGAGAUUCUAGACCUGACCAGCAACCAUAUCUCAAUACUUCCUGGUCUCAUGCUUCACCCUCUGCCAGCCAUAGAAACUCUCUACUUGGAGACAAACCAGAUCAAGGUGAUGCCAGAUGGUUGGUUCAGCCAGAAGGAGGAGGUGCCAUACCUCUACCUCUCAGAAAACCCCUGGACCUGCUCCUGUUCCCUUGGUUACUUACGCAGAUAUCUGGAGGACUAUGAAGCCAACGUCUACGUCAGAGAUGGCCUGAUCAUCAGCAGCGAUGUAGACAGUGUGGUCUGUGACUCUCCACAGCGGCACCAGGGGAAACCUGUGAUAACCUUAGAAGAGUCUGAUCUAUGCUCACCUUCAGCAGCAGAACCAGAACCACCUGGAGACGUCUACCAGCCAAUGACCAAAGUUUUUCUAGACGAGAUGACUUCAGUACCUUCAGUCGACCUUUCAACUCCAGAACCUACGCUACAUACAAGUUCUGUUGCUCCAACCGCUCCUUCUACUCCUGAACCCACAACCACUGAACACAUGACCUCUGCAUUUCCAGAGCUGCCAGCCCAGUUCAGAGUGGUGACACGGUCCUGGUACCAAACCUUCACCAGUCUCCUGGAAUGGUCGUAUCGUUCCAGGUCUGAGAUAAAAACAGAAAGAUCAUUUGUUGGGUUGUUUGUUCAGACCACACAUCCGAUUCCUAUGACUUCCAGACCUUCAACAACACCGUUCACAACAACUACAAACGUUCCUUCAACCGGAACAUCAGCGACGCUCCAGAUGAUCCCAGCAGCUGCAACAACUGGGACAACGAGCACAACGGGGACUGCACUGGUUUCAAACCAGUCUGUCGGCAUCAGGCAGCUUUUUAAAGUGACUUCUGCAGGAGGUGGAGCGGUGUUCUGUGUCUGGCUGUUUGCAGGAUGUCUGCUGCUCUGCAUGUCUUCAGCAGCGUUGGUCCUGGUGACCGUGGUGAGGCUGAUCAUCUGGUACAAGAAGGUCUACAAGCCGCUGAGUCUCACAGUAGCAAGGAGGAAGAAAGGCGGGGAAGGUGUAGCUCUGUUGCUGAAGAAUAAGAGGGAAGAGAACGCAGUGGCAGGAGAUGGAGGGGUGGUGGCGCUGUAUCGCUCUUUGCUGUUUGUCAACAGAGAGGGAGGAGACAUGGUGGAGGGGGAGGAGAGAAACAAAGGACAGAUUAUUACUCUGAAGCUGACAGGAGGAGAAGAAACAGGAGACAGAAGAGGGCCGGAGGACGGAGGAGUUCACAGGAAGACCAUGUACCGACUGUUUAGCAGAGAGGAAGAGAUCGAGGGGUGGAGGGAGGUUGUAGAGGAGUGUCGGGUCUCUGCAGAGGAUGGAGGCAGGAAGAGAGAAAUCAGGAGGCAUGAGGAGCCGACAGGUGGUGCAGGUGGAGUCACUAAAAAACGCUACAGCGUGAUUCUACGUGAGGAGAGGGAGGAGGCGGGGGGAGGGGUGGAGGAGCUGGACUGGGUGGUGGGAGGAUGGGAGGUGAAAAGAGGAGCAGAGGGGGGUCCAAGGAGCAGCUGGGGGCGGUGGCUAGCUGAAAAUGUACCCAGCAUGCCGUGGGGGCUCAGUGCACCUUCUGAGGAGGAGGCAGCAGCAGAGUGAUGCUGCAAAGAUGGAGGCGUUUUACUCGGCUGUUUGGUUUGUUGUUUCUGAUUAUUUUAAAGGACACCAGGAGUAAUAAUUCAUUACUUUAUUUCAGCCAUGUUCACAUUUACACACCAUGAUACAUAUUUAUUCUUUGAACUGGUUUAUGUUUUACUGUUUUUAUUCUCCUGUUAGAUUCUUCCAUAAUUUAACUCCUUAUUGAAAUGCACAAACCUUUUAACAUCCUUCUAACACCAUGAAUGUUUAAUUCAGUUUCCCUCUUAGAUUAUAUCCUCCGUCUCGCUAUGCAAACUGUUUCAAUAUUGUUUUAGGAAGUAAAUCAUUUCUCACUUUAAUAUUAUUUAUGCUGUUUUAAACUGAAUAAAAGAUUGAAAUUUCAAA